GAGUUGUAAGAAAUUUUGUAUAGGUUUAUUUUGAUCUCGAAAAUUUUGGCUUUGUUAGAUAUAUAAGUUGCAAUUGUCAACUAUUGAAAUAGUACGAGUAUUGCAUGUGUUGUGUAAAUCAGAAUUCGUACUAGACAAAGUAUAAGAUUUCAUUAUCUAAGAGCCUUUAUAAAAGAGUUCUUUGGAAUAUAAAAAGUAGACCUUGUUACCUACCAAGGCUGUACGUUGAAAAGUAGUACUGCACACAGAGCGACUGAGAAUCUCAAAGGAACACUAAAAUUCUCUUUGGAAGAAGAAAUCGAAAGAGUUGAUUGCUGAUUGGGGGGACGGAUUGAGACGCCCGCUCUUCUCUUGGUUGAGUAUCACAAAAGGAACCCUAAGAAAAUAGAAUUGGAGAGAGAGAGUAAAGCUUGAACAGAGAUAUUCAAUCAUUUGAGGAAAAUUCCCAGGUAAUAACGUGAAAACAAGAGUUUCCCGACAGUCGACUUGGGAAAGAAACUUGGAUACAACCCAAGUUUCAUUAUGAGAUCAGGAACCACUCUCAGCUCCUUGCAUAAUAGUCAUACUGAGGAUGCUACGUCUUUGAGGGCUUCUAGCUAUGCUGGAAAUAUCCCCAUGCCAACACCGUUUCUCUCUAAACUUUACGAGCUUGUUGAUGACCCUAAUACAACAAACCUUGUGUCUUGGAUGGAUUCUGGAGACUCAUUUAUGGUUCAUCGACCGAACGAAUUUGCCCGAGAGAUUUUGCCACGAUAUUUUAAGCACAAUAACUUUUCGUCAUUCGUAAGGCAACUAAACCAGUAUGGGUUUCACAAGUUGGAUCCAGAUAGAUGGGUUUUUGGGCACGCCAAUUUUGUUAGGGGAAGAAAGGACUUGUUAUUAAAGAUUAGUCGCAAGAAAAGCCACGUUGCACCGGAGGGAUAUCACAAAGUGAAAGGCACAACUAGUAAUACAACCAGUGAAACUGUCUCUCAUAGAAUGGGUGUUACGGAUAUCGAGAGAAGUCAACCUGUGAUAGAAUUGGGGAAUUAUGGCAACAGUAACGUUUUAGAAAUAUUGAAACGAGAUAAAAACGCUUUGUAUCAAGAGUUUAUGUUAUCUAGACAACGAGAAGAAGAGCUACGUCAACGUUGCAUUGCAAACGAACGCAGAAUUUACAAGCUGGAAAAUCAAAUGGAACAAGUGAGACAAUUUUUUGUUUCCUAUUUUGAACCUAUCUUGCAGUAUUAUUCAUUAUCAAGGAAACGCAAACGUCUUCCGGCACCUGAAAAUGCAGAAAAUACGGAUUCGAAACAAACCAAUGGGUUCGAUUAUUCACAUUCAGAUGGAGAAGAUUAUAUUGCAAAGGAUCAGUUGGGAGACACACAAGCCUCAGUACUGAGAGAGGCUUCACAAAAAUUACUUUUGGAUCUCUUUCGUUUGAAAAGGUCAAACUCACCUUCAUUUCCUCCAGCAUCGGUUCAAGAACUCAGAGACUCUAAUAGAAGAGAACACGCAGAUAUGGAAAGCAGGGCACAACGACUUUUUCAAGGAGGAGAAAAUAUAUCAAAGCCGCCAAGUUUUGUAGUUGAAGAAGGUGGUCCUGAUGAGGAAAGGACGAGUCAGACUCGUAGUUACAGCUUUAGUGACUCUAGAAACCAAGAAGCAGAUACAGAAUUAUGGUCACGAGGAAACUUUUUGUAUGAUUAUGGAGAUUCAGUCGCUCAGACACAAGAGGAACAUUUGUUCUCAGAUAUGACUCCCCUGCAAGUGGAGGAUGAAUUGCAUUCGUCAACUCAAAGUAAUCCAAUUGCAAUGAGUGGUCAACAACCAUUAGAGAAGAACAAGUUUGCUUAUUUGCCGAUCAACUAUAACGGAAACGAAGAAAUGAACGCCGCUGAUGUUCGUCUUCAGUCAUCCUUGAAUCGAAUCUUUUCAAAAGAUAAACAGGAGGAAGACUCUUAUGGAAUGUUCGAGAUGGACGAUAUGAUACGUGAGUUUCCAUAUCGUGAUGGUUCGGUUUCUUUGGAUGAGAUUGGAGAUAUAGCUUCAUUACUAGAGGGUGAAGAGGUCAAUUAUGAAAGGUUGGAGCGUUGAAGAUUAUUUGUAGUUGUGGUCCC